GAUCGACUUCCUCCAGCAGGGGCUUCGUUAACCUCACUGGAGCUCUAUAUGUCUUGUGUAGCGUUAAACUAAACGGCGGUUUUUAUAUCGGCAUGCAAGCGGUUGCCCCGUCACAGUGAUACAGAGACACAUAGCAGCAUGGCGAGCCAGGAAAGAGCACAGAGUUUUCUUUACUUAUCAACAAGAACAACAUUGUCAUGCUUAGGACUCGUGCGGGUUUUAUUUAUUGCUUUCAUACACACGGCGCAGGCGAACAAACAAGCGUUCAUUCAGUCCGACACCAUUCUAGAAGUGCUCCACUUUGGUGAGAGAACCCUUUUACAGACAGAGUCAGAAAUUGCUCUUAGUUUAUAUCCACAAAAAAGUGCGUCCCCACAUCGAGGGAACUGCAGGCCGAUACGCUUCGAACCGGCCAUGCUAGACUUCCAUGAACAGCCUGUUGGGAUGCCGAAAAUGGAGACCGUGUACUUGCAUAAUCCCAGCUCAGAAGAAAUUAGUUUAAUAUCCAUAUCAGCAACAACAGCGCAUUUCCAUGCGUCCUUUUUCCAGAAUAGGAUAAUCCCACCGGGAGGGAACACUUCGUUUGACGUUGUGUUCCUUGCCAGGGGCGUAGGGAAUGUGGAAAAUACUUUAUUUAUUAAUACGUCACAUCAUGGAGUGUUUACAUACCAGGUGUUUGGGGUGGGUAUCCCCAACCCCUACAGACUACGGCCCUUUAUCGGGGCCAGGGUCCCCGUUAACAGCAGCUUCUCUCCUCUCAUCAACAUCCACAACCCCCACAGUGAACCUCUGCAGGUGGUGGAGAUGUACUCCAGCGGGGGGGACCUUCACCUGGAGCUGCCCACAGGUCAGCAAGGAGGAACCACUAAAUUAUGGGAGAUCCCCCCGUUUGAGACAAAGGGGGUGAUGAGAGCCAGCUUCUCGUCCAGAGACGCCGACAACCACACAGCCUUCAUCAGGAUCAAAACCAAUGCUCCCGACCAAGACCAGUUCAUCAUACUGCCUGUGGAGGUGGAGGUCACCUCAGCUCCUGGUAUUUACUCCUCUACAGAAAUGCUAGACUUUGGUACACUGCGAUCACAGGAUCGACCGAAACAAUUGAAUUUACAUCUACUAAAUUCAGGAUCUAAAGAUGUCCCGAUAACGAGCGUGCGCACGACGCCGUCAAAUGAAGCGGUUACAGUCGAGUUCAAGGCCAUCACGCUAAAAGCUGAAGAGGGCAGAUACACCAAAGUUGCGAGUAUAAGUUUUGAUGCAUCUAAAGCACGAAGACCGUUUCAAUUUUCUGGUAAAAUAACAGUGAAGGCAAAAGAGAAAACCUAUUCAAAACUUGAAAUCCCAUACCAAGCAGAGGUUCUGGAAGGCUAUCUGGGCUUUGACCACACAGCCACCCUGUUCCACAUCAGAGACAGUCCCGUGGACCCUGUGGACAGAGCCAUCCUCCUGACCAAUACCUUCAACUUUGCCAUCCGCGUCCACAACAUCUCUCUGCCGCAGGAGGCAAAGACCAUGUUUAGGGUUGUCAACUACAGCGACCCGGUCCUGAUUCCUGCUCACGAGACUCGCUACAUCUUCUCUCUCCUGUUCCGACCCGUCCGCCCGUCCAUCCACAUCGACAGCAACAUCCUGCUCAUCACCAACGCGUCCAAGUUCCACCUGCCUGUCAGGGCCUACACGGGCGUCUUAGAGCCUCUGGUCCUGGCACCCAGUCUGACGGAGAACCUUGUGGACUUUGGUGUCCGCAGUGCUACAGACACCAGCAGCAUUGUGCUAAUAGUGGUCAACAGCAAUCCCAUAGAGCUGGAGAUCAAGUCAUGGCUGGUGACAGGAGACAGUCUGUCUGUGGAGCUGCUCAGGACGGAGAAAGGCAACAGGACAGCAGCUCUAGGACGCAGCAGAGAACUACACAACACAUCUGCCUCACAUCACAAAACUGUGAUAUUAGCAUCAGGCUACUACGCUGCCUUUAGAGUGACCCUGGUGGCUAAAUCUCUGGAAGGCAUGUAUGACGGGGCUGUACACAUCACCACAGACUACGAGAUAUUAACUGUCCCAGUGAAGGCUGUGAUAGCAGUGGGGACGUUGAGCAGUUCUCCUGAACACAUCAUCCUGCCACAGUCCUUUCCUGGGAAGAUUGUCCACCACACUUUCAGCAUUCAGAGUUCCUUCACCCAGAGAGUGAGACUGCAGCAGAUCCGUUCCCUAACCCAAGAUGUUCGCUUCUAUUACAAAAGAUUACGCAGCAACAAGGACGAGCUGGAACCGAGCCGCAAGUCAAAGGUUGCAAAUAUUUAUUUUGAUGCCAGUUUAAACUGUGGUGACCAUUGCUAUGUGGGGUUGCCGUUUGUCUUGAAAUCGGAGGCCCGGCCCCACGGCCUGACCCUCCAGGAGGACAUCUGGGACGCUGAUGUUGACCUCCACCAGAAACUCCUCAGACGAUGGAGGGAGCUUCAGGAACGCUCUGGACAUGAGGUGGAGGCUGUGUUUGAAGUGAACACAGACCUUCAGAAGAACGUUCAAGCUACAAUAACAGCUAAGCAGGCUUGGCCGUCGCUGGUCAACUCCUCACAACCAAUAAUUUUCCCUCUCACCAAUACCAACAGCUCCUCUGAGGAAGAGGUGUUUCUAGAAAACCCGGCAGAUGUCCCAGUCUAUGUGCAGGUCCUUCCUCUGGCCCUCUACCCAAACCCCUCCGUGUUCGCCGGGAAACUAGCACACAGGUUCCCACUGGGAAAGUUGUCCAACAUCAACAUCGACACAAACACGCUGGAAUUUCAGGUCCACAAAAAUCAGUCAUCUGUGGUGAAAAGCAGCGGUGGUUUUGUGGAGGGCUCCACCAGGCCAUUUGUCUACAACCUUCUGCUCCAGCCUAGGGAGGUCAAGUCAUUCAGCCUGAGGUUCACGCCGGUCAGCAACCACACCGUGAGCUCCCUGGUCAUAGUGCGGAACAACCUAACGGUGAUGGAUAUGAUCAUGGUUCAUGGCCAAGGAUCCAGAGAGAGCCUGAAGGUGGCGGGAAAACCACCUGGUCCUGGCAGCUUUCUCCGCUUCAAGAUGACUGAGGCCUUGCUGAAGGACUGCACAGAGAAGAUGAGGUCCAAUGAGCCAGUCUUCACCCUGAGAAGAACAUUCCGGGUUGAGAACACUGGUCUGCUCCCCAUCUAUAUCCGCUCUGCUGAGAUUAAUGGCUUGCCCUGCCAAGGAUAUGGCUUCAAAGUUCUCAACUGUCAAGAAUUUGCACUUCAACCGAAUGCUUCGAAAGACCUGGUCAUACUGUUCACGCCAGACUUCACGUCGUCCAGAGUGAUUCGGGAGCUGAAGCUGGUGACCGACGCGGGGUCAGAGUUCGUGUUCGUCCUGAACGCCUCUCUGCCCUACCACAUGCUGGCCUCCUGUGCAGAGACACUGCCGGGGCCCACCUGGGAACUGGAGCUGUACAUCAUCGUCUCGCUCAUCAUGAGCUCAAUGUUUCUGCUGGUCGUGGCUACAGCCUAUCUGGAGGCCCAGGGCAUCUGGGAGCCCUUUAAGAGGCGUCUAUCUCUGGAAUCCAACUCUUCCAUGGAGACGGGCAGACCCUUCGAUCUCAGGGAAAUAGUUCGCGUUGCAAGUGAUGCUAACUUAAAUGAUUUCAGUGAGGCCCAGCAGAACCCGACCAGAGGGGUGUACGGGUCCGGAAGUGGGGGGUCCCGGGGCGGGGGCAGACCAGGAAACAAUAGGGCGUCCUUGGACCCUGAUGGACCUAGAUACAGAAUGGGCUUUGGCCGAUCUACUAUGCAAGCCUCCUCAUCCUCUGCCACCCAGCUGGCUAAUGGCGCCCCAGUUUUCCUUACCAGUCGUAAGGCACGGAGCUCCAAAGGUCAGCAGGGCGGGGGACUCCUGGACCUCCAGAACGGAGGCCCUGGGUCUGGUUUGUCUUUGCCUCAAAGAGGGCCCUGCUCUGGGGGAGAGGACCCAGACUUUGUCAGCCUCCUUGGGGCUAUGGAUAACGACCUGGACAGACCGGAGUCUCCACCACUUGAGUCUCUACAGGAACCCAGAACAUCGGAGUCUAUACAGACCAAAGGGAGACCUCCUCUGAGAGGCAAAACCAAAGUCCAAAGGAGGAGAGAGGAGAAGGAGAGGAGAACCAAGGGGAAAGCCCCUACAGGCGAGGAGCUGAAGGAUGCCCUGGUUGACAAUGAUGACAGUUCCUCAACCACCACAGAGACCUCCAACCCAGACGUAGAGACCUCCAUCAGAGAGCACCAGAGUGAUGAGCCAUUCAUCCAGGCAUCUGUUCAUGUUCAGGAACCAGUGAAGAAGAAAGGCAGGACAGCGGAGACUAUGGAGAAAGAGAAAAAGGACACCCUUCUCACCAAACCCAAAAACGUCAGGAAACAAACAAACACAAAAAAGGAAACGGAUGGAUCCAAUUCUCUGGAGCUGCCGUAUGUCACACCCCUGGAAAACAAACAGCGCAAGACCUUCACCACCAAGGCCCUCAUCCGGCCAGCUUUCAACCCUGUUCCUAAAGGUCGGACUCUGCCAAAGCCCAGAGUGCCUUGUGGGAAGCCUGAGGAUGGUGGGCCAUCUCCUGUGGUGAAGCAGCUGUCCAGGGCCUCGGUGUCAGUCCCAGAGCUGGGUCAUAGCAGCAGCUCUGAUGGAGAGAAGGAUUUUGCUUCUCCUGAAUGGGACAUCCCCCUGCUUUCCAAAACCACCAACCAAGCAGACAGCCUCCAGCUGAUCUCCUUGCAAACCAGGAACGCCGACUCCUUCCUGAAGAAGACCAGCUCAGCGAGGACAUGCUCCCCUACUCCCUCCUCUCCCAGCCUGGUGGCCAGGGGAACAUACAGCCAAGUUCUCAACGCCAGUAGUGAGAACCACUUGAAGAAGGCACCAGGGAACAAGCUUGUUAAUGCCCCCUCUCUCCCAGGGAAGAAUGGCAACCCUACAUUCGCUGCCGUGGCUGCAGGCUACGACAGAAGCCCAGGUGGGAGCGGCCCAGGUAGAUGCGACGCCCAAGGGAAACCUCUAUGUCACAUGACCUCUGUGGAGAGUGACAGCUCUGACAGCUCUGGAUUAUGGAGUCCCAUUGACGCCAACGCCAGCAGCCCAGGCUUUAACUCGGUCAACUCCUUCUCUGCAUUCGGACCCAACAACUCUUUCAAUCUGACUGGCGUCUUCAGUGAGAUGAGUUUCCCAAAGACGUCGGAGCCACAGCCAAGCUGGCCGGAGUUCAGCCCAGUGUCCCCCUCCAUCUGGGACAUCCCCAGCACCAGUGACCCUCUUCCCCUGCACUCCUGGCCCACCAGCUCGGGUUCCGCGACCACCCCCUCCGUGUCCAUCCUGGGAAGCACCAGGAACCCUUGGUCCUCCACCACUCCCUUCAGCAACUCCAUCUGGUCCACCAGUGGAGACCCCACCCUACACUCCUUCAGUCCAGCUACCACCUCCACCCUCUCAGACCUGGCUGGCAACACCCCAGCCGUGGCGCCUGCUCCUUCCCUGGCUCCAACCGAGUUGAGCCACACCUACAACUACUGGAGCAUGUGGCGUCCCACCCUGAGCAGACGCCGCUCCGAACCCUGGCCCAACCAGACAGGCAACACCAACAACUGAGGGGUUGUAGCCUGGUAUCGGAGCUGUUUGAGAACUCACAUUGCUGUCAUUGUAUAGCCAAAUGUGGCAUGACAAUGAUUGCAAGACUUGGCGCUCAGGCUAACUCGCUUUCCCAAAAAGGCGCUGUCCAACUGAAGAUGUGCACUCUUAAGUUGAUGAACGCAAACAUCACCCAAUGUUGAAGAUUUGUGUGAGAACUUUUUAUGUGCAGAUCUUAAAUUUGGAUUUAGGAUUCACUGAGAAACAUGCUGUGGUUUCGGUUGUCAAACAGUACUUACGUACUAUUGAUUUUUAUUGACAGGUCCAGUCUAGAAAAGGUGGUCUGGAAAUAUGAUUUGGUACCCCAGCACUUUGUAUCACCAGCCAAAACUAGAGCCAUUUAGUUCACAGCAUAACAUGCUUUUUAUUUACGUCAGAGAUGAACACAGACUUUGUAUUCAUUUUAGGAACACUUCCAAAUUAGAAACAAAAUGAAAUGGUUUUACUGAUGCUACACCAGGAAGUUCUGUGUGAAAGGUGUAAACCUGGGUUGGGUGACAACUCUGUGGUCAGGUGCCACCCUGGUGUCAAGGAGCCAGGCUAAGUGAAGCCUCACUGUUGGUAUGGGGCUCCGGAGCACUAAAUGGUGCAGAGUUAUUAAAGCACUUUGUGUGAAGAAGCUACGUUUCUUCUGUUUUAAGGGUGGUUUUACAGCCUGGCUGCUGGUCUGCUUUUGCAAUCAUGACACCUCGUUUGGCGUUAAGACGUUGACACGAUUGCAUAAACUGAUCUGGGACCAGGCUAGCUGUAUUCAUUCGCAACGUGUUUUUUGGCCGGUUUGAAUUUUUAAAUGUUUCAUUCGGGACCGCUGACAUGGAAAUAAACUACAUUGGAAGCAUUAUUUAUGACCAGCAUUUGCAGCGGUGUCCCUAAUAGGGAACGCAAUUUGGGAUAAAUCCUACUGGACAGCUAGGAACUCGGAAACCAAGAAUGUCUGCUUUCAAGCCCAGGCAGUCUGUGUUGUGAAAAAGUAUUAGUCCUUUUUAUGAUUUUCUUAAUUUUUGUCACCGAUUUUGUUUUUAACAAAAACCUAAUAUUUAAUAAAGAGAGCCAAGGUGUACAAAUAUUGUGUAUACACACAUUAAAUUUUUUUCAUGGAAGAUAUUAAGCAACGCCCAACUGAAAAAGCAAUUGUCUCCUUACACCCAGUAACUGGUUCUGCUAACUUUAGCUGACAUGACUGCUACCAAGCACUUCUGGUACAGUUCUUUAAAACAGAGGCAUUUUUGGUUCCAUCAGUGAUGUAACGUCUUCCAGAUCCUCAUACAGGAAAGCAUUAAAAAAAAAACAUCACUACCACCAUGUUUUACUGGGUCAACACUGAUAUGCAGUGUUUGGUUUUUGCCUUAUAUUACAGCAUCUGUUGUCCAAAAUACUUGACUUUUCACUUUAAAACUGGGUCCUAUUAUGUCUGGCAUCAAAAACACUACAGUAUUGACCCCUUAUCAAAGGUCAUGCAUGGUGUAAAUUCUGCUCUGUAUCAAAGAAUAAAAUGGGCGUGGGAUGAGUUUGAAA